CCCCCGGCCCGCCUCCUUAAAAUCUCCUACUCGUCCCCCGCCAAUCACCCCACGCAAUCCACACAUCUCAGCUGCUCGCCUCGGCUGCGCCGCCGCCAUCCAUCCUUCGCCCAACCGCCUGCCAUGGACCGCCGCCUCCGAGCCCUGCCGCGCGCCUCCGAGCGCCACCACCACUACCAGCAUCAGCGGUUCCUCCGGCCCGGCGCGCUCGCGCGGCUCCGGGACUCGAGGAUCGUGGCCCGCUCCGUCCGUUCGUCGGCGUGCCUCCUGCUCCCCCCGCGGUCCGCCUCUCCGUCCCCCGCGAGGCCGCCGGUCCUCGCCGGGGACGAGCAGCCCGCUGCGCCGCGCUUCCUGGGGACGACGAGCGGCUAUGGGCGGUACCCGCUCCGCAGGAGGGUCGUCGCCGCCAGGGGCGUGUCGUUCUUGCCUCCGCCGUCGCCGUAGCCUCACACGGAGGCGUUGUUGUCGGCGGAGCAUGCGCCGGCGCCGGAUCUCGUUUCUUGGCGCCGCGAUUAGUUGAGAAGUUGUGUCUAGAACUCUAGAUUUGUGUUUAGUUCAGUAUCAACUGUGCAGAUGUUUUGCAGUUUCUUGGUCUACUUAAAAAAAUUUGGAUUUGAGAAGGAAUAAUCACUCCGGAAUUUUGUUCAUGA